AUGGACAAUCUUCCUGCAACUCUAGUGUUCCAAAUACUGAGUCGACUCGAUGACUCGGCGGACGUUGCGCGCUGCCGAGCAGCGUGGAAGACUUUUGAUACUGUCGCUCCAGACCUUCCAUGUAUCAAUCUCCAGUACCCAUUAAAAAGGUACAUCGAAUUAAGGUCUAGGGAUUCAGAUUCUUCUAGUUCUUCCUCAUUACCUUCCCCUCUCAAGACAAUUAUCCUCCAUCUUAUAUCGAACUCAAGAUCUCUCGAAUCGGUGCAUAUUGGCGCCGAGAAUCUGCCCCUAGACGUGUCUCACGCUGACGUUGAAGAUUAUGGCGAUGAUAUGUACCUCACAGAUGGGGCUUUCGUCAAGGAGUGGCUCCCUAGGGUUUCAGGAACGUUGAAAUCCCUUUCUAUAUCAGAUUUUUGGGUCCAUUCAGGUUGGCGUCGAUCAGAAGUUUUACCCCUCGUCUCCACAUGCUGUCACAAUUUACUUGAAUUAGAGCUGAAGCAUGCAUGGCUUUCUGUAGAGAAUAUGAAUCCAAUGCCAAUGCUAACAAGUUUGACACUGGAGUUCAUACGAUUAGAAGACAAGAACCUAACCGAGUUGAACAAAAGCUUCCCUAAUCUUCAAGUUCUUAACUUGAUAGAUGUUAGAGGACUUAAACUACCCACAAUCCACCUUCUCCACCUAAAAACCUGUCAGUGGACCAUAACUGAUGCACAAUCAUGUUUGAUUCUAAUCACACCCAACCUCACCACGCUCAGCCUCGAGUGUAGAAAGGUUGUUGCACUCUAUAUUGAAGCUCCUUUGUUGAGUGAUUUACAUCUUGCCAUUGACCAUUUGGGCGCAGUCUCAAUUAAAACUUUUGAAAAUCUGAAAUCAUUAUCCCUCAAGUCUUCUUAUAUUUGUUCCUUAAUUAAAAACUUUCCGCAUUUAAAAACUAUAGAAAAUCUGACGUUGAAUUCAGGAGAUUUGGGUGUAGGAGCAGUUGAUGAUUCCAAAUUUACCCUAAAGAAAAUGUUGACUUAUUUCCCUACCGUCACUUCUUUAUGUUUUAAGACAAGCGCUUGGUUGUCAUUUGAGGUGCUUUAUGAAUCAUUUGACCGGGUUUGUUUGGACGGGAGGUUAGGAUUGACAACCUUUCGUGGGUAUCUGUUGAGGGUUGACCCUGCAUUGACUUUCUCCUUGGUUGCUUGUGUGUUAGACCAAUGCAAAAACUUGGUAGAUGUUUCUUUACUCAUCCAUCGUGAUCAUGCUGCUGCUCAUGUAUCGAGACGUUUUAUGGAUUGGUGCGUGGCUCGGUGGCCUAGACUAAACUGGAGAUGGGGGGCAUGGGAGGAAGGAACCGAAGAUACAUGGAUAACCAAUGGUAUACCCAAUGCACAAAUCAAUUAAAAAGCAGUUGGGGAUGGCUUAUAUUUUUUACAUAAAGAAACAAAGAUACCAGAAAUAUAUAGAGGAAGUAGAAGAACCAAGAGUUGUAGAGGGGUGAAUGUAUGAUCGAUCAAAUAUACAUCUAUUAAGGGGUAGGAAAGCAAUGGGUGGUCUCCGAAGUCAUUCUUAAGGAAAGAUUGAUAUGGAUACUGAAUGAAGUGAAAGUGGCUUCAGCAGGAGCCAUGGUCUCCAUAUAAGAGUUUUUAUUGUGUUUAUGUUUUUAUAUAAAAAGCUUUUAUGGUGUUGUGUCUUUUAGAAUGAUGUUGCUUGUUAUGGUAUUAUGCUUAUAUAGAUAGGAUUUAAAUAUAAUGUUAUGAAUCGAAUGCGGAUGUUUAUGCUUAAGAUGUGUAUAGUUUUGUUAAAUGCUACUAUUAUGUCUACACAUUUUCUCA